AGCACAGCUUAGCGGAUAGCGCGCAGCUUGAGCCGUGCCCAAUGCGAAUUCACCAUGCCGGCGGGUCCACCUGCCGAUGUAAAGACGGAGAUCGAGGAUGCCGCUGAUGCAAACAAGACCCAGGAUGCUGAUGAGGAGCUUCCAGACUUUGGAGGUGACGAGGAGACCAAAGCAGAGGGCCAAGAGGCAGAACACGGAGUGGCAGGUUUGCAGCCAGAAGCCAAGGAGGAACCAGAUGAGCGGGCAAAGGGAGAACCUCGACCAGAUGCUAUCCUCGUGUCAGGCGUGCAGCGGCUGACACGCAAGCACCUGGCUGAGGUCUUUGCAUCGAAGAGGCUGCCCAACUUUCAGCGUGUGGAAUGGAUUGCGGAUGACAAGUGCAUGUGCAUCUUUGCAGAUGCACAGGCUACCAGCAAGUCCUUGAGUAGCUGCUUGGAGGGCUUCGAGGCCGGGGCCCACCCGGGCCCGGGGCUGUGGCGAGCCAGCCGAGGGAUGAUCGAGUUCCGACAGGCGACGGUUCUGGACGUGCCAUCCGCCAACUUCAAGCGGCAGCACCGGGCGGGUCGCCAGGUACGGGAUUACCGGUUCUGGGAAGCUGCGAAGGACAUUGAUAAGGGCAUCCUGGAUUCACUGGAGCAGCAGGGAACAAAGCGGCCUGCACCCUCUGGCGAAGAUGCCAUUGCUGCAGCAGUGCCAGCGGAUCAGCUGGAGGCCCCUCGAAAGCGCCGCAAAGUGCAAGUCGAAGAAGAGGAAGUGCCUGACAUCCUGCAGCAGAUGGCACAGAAGGACAAAGAAAUUAUGGCGCUGAAGGAGGAGGUGCAAGAGCCGGCCGCGUCGGGGGAAGCUGAAGCCGUUGCCGCGGUGAGCGACGUGGUGCCGCAGGAGAAGUGGGAGGACAGCUGGUUUGCGCAGCAAGCCAAGACGGCAGGAAGAAGAACGGAAGCCUGGGGCCGUCAUGCUCAGGCAGACGACCUGCAGCCCAGGGAAGAUUUCGAUCGCCGCAAAGAACCAGGUGAGCGGCGCAGGGAUGUUCGGCGAGGGGACCGGGAUUGGCGGCACGACCAAUUCCAUGAGAUGCUGGACCGCGGCCCCGGCUGGGGGCAUGACGAUCGUCGGGAUGAGGGACGAGCUCGCAAGCGUCGAGGUGAGGCUCACCACCGGGGAACCGAGCCAGCGACUGGUCAGCCAGGUCCUGCCUCUGGCUCCGUUUGGGAGGCGGAUGAGAACGAGAGGCGCAAGCGGCAGAAGCGCAUGGACCGCUUCAGCAAGGCUGCCCCUGCAGCGGCCACGGACACAGCCGGGGACCAGGAUCGCUGAGGGCUUCGGCUGAGAUCGGCCCCAUGGGCGCGAG